UUUACACUAGGUGAUGCUGCUGCACAAACGCGCUGAUUCAGACCUAAAACCGGAAAUAGAAGAAGAAGAAGAAUGGCUUCUUACCUUCCGCGCUAACAGAAUUUUCCAGGAUUUUUCCAGACCAUGCCGUCCUUACUGUGAUCGACUAACAGCAGCAUCAUGGAGCGUCCUUCAAAGGACGGGGAGCCUCCUGCUGUCAUCGACGUCACCACCAGCGAGAAGGUGGUGGAGCUGCUUAACCAGGCGGCUCUGAUCCCCACGGAUGAAAAGCUCACUGUCCUCAAACAGGUUCAGGAACUCAUCAUCAACAAGGAUCCGUCUCUUCUGGACAACUUCCUGGAUGAGAUCAUCGCCUUCCAGACGGACCGGUCCAUGGAAGUCAGGAAGUUUGUGAUCGGGUUCAUUGAGGAAGCCUGCAAACGGGACAACGAGCUUCUGCUGCGGCUCAUCGCCAACCUGAACCUGCUGCUGAAGGACGACAGCGUCAACGUGGUGAAGAAGGCCAUCCUGUCCCUGACGCAGCUCUACAAGGUCGCCCUGCAGUGGCUGGUCCGGGCCCGGUCGGUGUCGGAGAUGCAGGAGGCCUGCUGGGACUUGGUGUCCCAGAUGACCGGAGACGUUCUGAGCAUGCUCGACUCGGAGAACGACGGCGUCCGGACACACGCCAUCAAGUUCACCGAGUCGCUGAUCGUCACGCUGUCGCCGCGGACGCCCGAGUCUGACGUCCCCAAGAGACAGGAAGGAGAUAUCAGCCUGGACAAGGUUCCCAGGGACCACCCCUAUAUCCGCUACGACGCUCUGUGUGACGAGGGGAAGGCGGCGCUGGACAAGCUGCUGAAGUUCAUGGUUCAUCCGGCCAUUUCCAGCAUCAACCUGACAACCGCGCUUGGCUCCCUAGCAACCAUCGCUAGGCAACGGCCCAUGUUCAUGUCCGAGGUGGUGCAGGCCUACGAGACGCUGCACGCCAACCUGCCCCCCACCCUGGCCAAGUCCCAGGUGAGCAGCGUGAGGAAGAACCUGAAGCUGCACCUGGUGUCGGUUCUGAAGCAUCCGUGCAGCCUGGAGUUCCAGGUCCAGAUUGGCACGUUGCUACUGGACCUGGGAAUGCCGCAGAGCGAGAUCAGCCGCAACACGCCGCCACCGCGCGAGCAGAGGAAGCGCCCGCGCUACGAGCCCGCCGUCGAGGGCAAGAAGGUCAAGAUGGAGCCGGCGCUCAUCGAAGACGACGAGGACAAAGAGGAGCCGGUGCCGCUCGCCACCCCGAAGCCGGCGGCCGCCCCGACUCCGCAGUCGGCCAUCGACCUGACGGCCGAGUUCCUGCGACCCCUGCUGACCCCAGAGAACGUCGCCAACCUGGUGCUCAUCAGCAUGGUGUACCUGCCGGACGUCAUGCCGGCGUCCUUCCAGGCCACCUACACACCCGUGGAGUCGGCCGGAACCGACGCCCAGAUCAAACACCUGGCCCGGCUGAUGGCGACCCAGAUGACAGCGGCCGGGAUCGGACCAGGUCUGGAGCAGUGCAAGGCGCGGGAGGACGAGUCGGGGAAGGAGGAGCCGGCGGAGGACGAGUCGGGGGGGAAGGACGUCCUGAUCAGGCGGUCGCUGUCCUCCAUGGUGGGCCAGGCCAUCUCUGUGGUGGGCGGCUACAGCGAGAAGCCGCCCACCCCCGAGGUGCCCGCCGUCAAGAGGCUUCCUGAGCCCAUCCUGCCCUCUGUCCAGACCAAGAUGGCGGGCGCCGGCGGCAGGAAGAAGGUGUUCCGCCUCGCGGACGUGGUCCAGCCGCUGUCCGACUCGCAGAUCGGAGCGCUGUCCUCCAGAGCUGUGAAGCGCAUCCUGCACUCGGAGAAGGCGGUCACCCAGAGCGGCAUGUCCCACGUCAGGGUGAAGCUGCUGUCCCGGUUGGUGACCCAGUUCGAGGGCGUGAUGAAGGAGGACGUCCUGGACUACGUCCUGGAGGACAUGCGUUGCCGUAGCGACCUGGCCUUCUCUCUGCUGUACCAGGAGUACAACAGCUACCUGAGCCAGCUGCCGGCCGGCCUGCUGGACGGAUACGACCACUGCCUCUACACGCUGCUGUCCGGGCUGCAGGAGAAACCCGAGCAGAGGGACGGGUCAGUGGGGCGGCCGCCAUCAUGUCCACUCUGCCCCUCCAAUAUGUCCUACUCCAUACCCAUGUCCUGCCUCAUUUCCUUAUUUGUGUCUAUCCGGUUCCGGGUUUCUCCAUCCCGGGUUUAUCUGGGCAUGACGACGCUGAAGGAGCUGAUCGUCAAGAGGCCGUCCAGGCAGUUCCAGUACCUCCAUGUUCUGCUGGACCUCAGCUCCCACGACAAAGAGAAGGUCCGCAGCACAGCCCUGGCCUUCCUGAAGCGGAUGUAUGAGAAGGACCACCUGAGGGACUACAUCGAGAAGUUUGCCCUGAACUACCUGCAGCUCCUGGUUCACCCGAACCCGCCCUCGCUGCUCUUCGGCGCCGAUAAGGACACGGAGGUUGCUGCUCCGUGGACGGAGGAGACGGUGAGACAGUGUCUCUUCCUCUACCUGUCCCUCCUUCCUCUGAACCACCGGCUGGUCCAUGAGCUGGCGUCCGUCUACACCGAGGCCAUCGCCGACAUCAAGCGCAGUGUGCUGCGCGCCAUCGAGCAGCCGAUCCGUGGGAUGGGGAUGAACUCUCCAGAGCUUCUUCUUCUGGUUGAAAACUGUCCUAAAGGGGCGGAGACUCUGGUCACUCGCUGUCUGCACAUUUUGACCGAUAAAGUGCCUCCGUCGCCGGAGCUGGUGGAGCGGGUCCGGGACCUCUACCACAAGCGUGUUCCGGACGUCCGCUUCCUGAUCCCGGUCAUCAACGGCCUAGAGAAGAAUGAAGUCAUCCAGGCUCUGCCGAAGCUCAUCAAGCUCAACCCCAUCGUCGUGAAGGAAGUCUUCAACCGGCUGCUGGGGACUCAGCACAGUGAGGGAAGCUCUUCGGUUUCUCCGCUGACUCCAGGAGAUCUGCUCAUCGCCUUGCACAACAUCGACUCAACAAAGUGCGACAUGAAAUCCAUCAUCAAAGCCACCAACCUGUGCUUCGGGGAGAAGAACGUUUACACGUCGGAGGUUCUGGCGGUGGUGAUGCAGCAGCUGAUGGAGCAGAACCCGCUGCCCAUGCUGCUGAUGCGCACCGUCAUCCAGUCCCUCACUAUGUACCCGCGCCUGGGCGGCUUCGUCAUGAACAUCCUGUCCCGCCUCAUCGUCAAGCAGGUGUGGAAGUACCCCAAGGUGUGGGAGGGCUUCGUGAAGUGCUGCCAGCGGACCAAGCCGCAGUCCUACAGCGUUCUGCUGCAGCUGCCGCCGCUGCAGCUGGCCAGCGUGUUUGAGCGCUGCCCGGAGAUGAGGGCGCCGCUGCUGCAGCACGUCUUGUCCUUCACGCCGCAUCAGCAAGCUCACAUCCCGACCUCCGUCAUGGCGGUGCUGGAGGCCCACAAGAAGCCCGACCCGGUGCCAGCGGAGCCGGUUCUGGAGGAGGAACCGGCGGAACCGACUGUCGCACAUCAACCAGGACCCGGACCAGAACCAGGACCAGGACCGGCGGUACAGCAGGAAACCGUUCUGCUGAGGGACGAAGAGGAACCGAUGGAACAGGAAGAGGCGGAGCCACUGACACCUGAGACGACCGACCCGAUUCACCAGGAGGAAGAGCCGAAAGCUGCAGAGGAACCAGAACCAGAACCGGGCCAGGAGCCAUUGGAGGAACCGAUGGAGGAGGCUGAGGCCGAGCCGUCGGAUCAGCCAGAACCGCUCAUGGCUCCAGAAUCGGAGGCGACGCCACCUGCUGCUGGAAGCGGGUCGGAGGACGCAGAAUAGAUCGACGGUUCUGCUGCUGUUUACAGCGACUGGGUCAAUAAAUGUUAGUUUGUCAGAACUUGU